CCGGGGCGUCGGUCUGGCCGGUGAUGGGGGAGGCCGGGCCGGGUGCCGGGCCGGGGCCCAGGGAGCCGCAGGAGCCCGAGGAGGACGAGGCGGCGGCGCCGGGCGGCCCACGAGGGUGCCGGGCCGGAUCCCGCGGCGGUAUCCGGGUGCUGAAGAGGAACGCGAAGCGCACCGGGAGCAGGAGCUGCCAGAGCAGCAGUCGGGUUGGUUCCCGUGAGAGGACCUGGCUGAAAGGGGACGUCGGACGAGGCUGCGUGUAUGUUUAUGGAAGAGACUCAGCAGCUGCGGCUCCAUCGGACUUGCACCUGGUCCUCUGCACAGUGGACACCCAAGCCUCGGAGAUCUGUGACGGAGAAGGGAGGAAAAACCUCUUUUUGCAGCUUCAUGGAGACCUGGUCAGGAGGCUGGAGCCCACAGAAAAACCCCUUCAGAUUGUGUAUGACUACUUGGCUGGGUUGGGUUUUGAUGAUCCUCUCAGAAUGCAGGAAGAGGCAGCAAACUCUGAUCUCAGCUGUAUGAUUCGCUUUUACAGUGAAAAGCCAUGCCAAGUGGAACAGUUGGAUCGCAUCCUGCUCUCUGGAGUCUAUAACGUACGCAAAGGAAAGACCCAGCUGCACAAGUGGGCAGAGCGCUCAGUCACUCUCUGUGGUACGUGCCUCAUUGUGUCCUCAGUGAAGGACAGCCAUGCAGGGAAGAUGCACAUCUUGCCUCUCAUUGGAGGAAAGGUGGAAGAGAUGAAACGUCGGCAGUACACCCUUGCUUUCACAUCUGCUGGAGCACAAGCUCAGACAUACCAUGUUUCCUUUGAAACGCUGGCAGAGUGCCAGCGGUGGCACCGGCAAGCAUCCACGAUUGUGUCUAUGCGAUUUAGCAUGGUUGAUCUUUCAUGCUACAGCCUUGAGGAAGUACCAGAGCACCUCUUCUACAGUCAAGACAUCACCUACCUCAACUUACGCCACAAUUUUAUGAGAACAAGUGGAGCAGGGAGUCUUGACUCUCUUUGCAGGUUUUCUCAAUUGAAGAGUCUGAACUUGUCUCAUAAUAGACUGGGAGAGUUUCCUGUAUCACUGUGUGAGAUCUCUACUCUGACAGAGCUUAAUAUUUCCUGUAAUGGACUUCAUUACUUGCCAAGUCAGAUUGGCAAACUGUUGAAUCUCCAGACCUUUUGGCUUGAUGGCAAUUUCCUUACAUCCUUACCAGAAGAGAUGGGAAACAUGCAGCAGCUCAGCUGUCUUGGGCUUUCCUUCAAUAACUUCUAUGAACUGCCAGCAAUUUGUGAGAAACUUGUCACCUUAGACAAACUAGCCCUGGCAGGGAACUUGCUAGAGACCCUGGACCUCACAGUCCUGAACCGUAUGGGUCACAUCAAAAGUGUGGACCUGAGGCUGAACAACCUGAAGAGAGCAGCAGCUGACACUCUGGAGGGGAACAAAUCUGUGGCUUACAUGGAUUUACGAGACAAUCAGAUGACAGAUCUGGAUCUGAGCUCCUUGGUCAGCCUGGAGCAGCUGCACUGCGAGCGAAAUCAGCUGAGAGAGCUGACCCUGAGUGGCUUCUCCCUUCGGGCCCUGUAUGCCAACAGCAACUGUCUGACAGCUGUCAAUAUUUAUCCGGUUCCUGGUCUACUGACAUGUCUAGAACUCUCUCACAAUCAACUACAGUGUGUCCCAGACUGGGCCUGUGAAGCAAAGAAACUGGAAGUUUUGGAUGUGAGCUACAACCUACUCUUGGAGCUUCCACCAAGGAUCCUCAGAAGCUUGAGUCUUCGGAAGUUGAUGGUGGGGCACAAUCAUCUGCAGAGCCUUCCACCUCUUCUAGAACACAUUCCACUGGAGGUGCUGGACCUUCAGCACAAUCUGUUGACUAAACUCCCAGAGACACUCUUUGUCAAAGCUCUGAACCUCAGGUACCUGAAUGCAUCUGCAAACAGCCUGGAGUCCUUGCCCUCCACAUGUCCGGGGGAGGAGAGUUUGAGCAUGCUGCAGCUGCUAUACUUGACUAAUAACAACCUCACAGACCAAUGCAUCCCUGUCUUGGUGGGACACCCAAACCUACGGAUCCUGCAUCUGGCAAACAACAACCUGCAGACUUUCCCUGCAAGCAAACUUAGUAAGCUGGAGCACUUGGAAGAACUGAAUCUGAGUGGAAACAAACUGAAAACAAUUCCUACAACGAUUGCAAACUGCAAGCUACUUCAUACACUUAUUGCACACUCUAAUGAAAUCAGCAUUUUUCCAGAAAUCCUGCAUUUGCCCCAUAUUCAGUUUGUGGAUUUGAGCUGCAAUGAGUUAACUGAAAUCCUAAUCCCUGAGGCACUGCCAGGUGCCUUGCAAGAGCUGGAUCUGAGUGGAAACACAAACCUGGUGUUAGAACACAAGACACUGGAUAUCUUCAGUCACAUUACCACACUGAAGAUUGAUGCUAAGCCCUCCCUCACGGCAGACUCGGCACUCACUUCUGCCUUCUGGAGUCACGGAGUAGCUGAGAUGGCAGGCCAAAGAAAUAAGCUGUGUGUGUCAUCCCUGGCACUGGGGAGCUUUGCAGAGGGGGUGGAGGCUGUGUAUGGCAUGUUUGAUGGUGACAAGAAUGAAGAACUGCCACGUUUGCUGCAGUGCACCAUGGCCGAUGUGCUCCUGGAGGAGGUACAGCAGUCUGACACCAUGUUCAUGUCCAACACCUUCUUGGUCUCCCACAGGAAGCUGGGCAUGGCUGGGCAGAAGCUGGGCUCCUCUGCUGUCCUUUGCUACAUUCGUAACGAGGUGGCUGAUCCAGCCAGCAACUUUUCUCUGACGGUGGCCAAUGUGGGGACGUGCCAAGCCGUUCUGUGCCGAAGUGGAAAAGCACUGCCUCUCUCCAAAGUCUUCAGUCUUGAACAAUGUUCAGAAGAAGCCAGGAGAGUCAAGGAACAAAAAGCCAUUAUAACAGAGGACAACAAAGUCAAUGGUGUGACUUGCUGUACUCGGAUGCUGGGCUGCACGUACCUGCAUCCUUGGAUCCUGCCCAAACCACAUGUCAAUUCCAUUCCAUUGACUGUACAAGAUGAGUUGCUACUUCUAGGGAACAAAGCUCUCUGGGAACACCUUUCUUAUGCAGAGGCUGUCUCAGCUGUGCAGCACCUACACGACCCACUAGCUGCUGCAAAGAAACUCUGCACUUUAGCCCAAAGCUAUGGUUGUCAAGACAAUGUUGGUGCAAUGGUGGUAUGUCUGAACAUCAGUGAGGACAACUGCACGUGUGAGAUGCACGGCCUCACUCUGACAGGCCCUGGGGCAUUUAGUUCUACCACCACCAAACCAGCAACACCUUCAUGUAGCAGUGGAAUUGCUUCAGAGUUCAGCAGUGAACUAUCUGCUUCUGAGGUUAGCAGUGAGGUGGGCUCUACUGCAUCAGAUGAACACGGUGCUGUUGGUCUUGAUGGCAGCUUGCUACCACGACAAGAACGACGUUGCAGCCUACAUCCUGUGCCCCCCUCAAGCAUCUUUCAGCGCCAACCUUCCAGUGCCACCUUCUCUAGCAACCAGUCUGACAAUGGUCUAGAUAGUGAUGAUGAGCAGCCUGUGGAAGGUGUGAUGACAAAUGGUAGUAAAGUGGAGGUAGAGGUGGACAUCCAUUGCUGUAAAGGAAAGGGUCUGGAAUUAGAACAUCCUGCUGCAGAGUACAGCUCUUCUACUCCAGGGCCAGAGGAUGACUCUGGGCUUGUACUCAUCAUUCGGAGGCAGAACAGUGUAAACAGCAACACUGUGCAGAGAGGGGUCAAGGAGAAGUGUGAACUCCAAAAAUCUCUUUCCACAUGUUGUCUUUAUGGAAAGAAGCUUUCCAAUGGCUCCAUAGUGCCCUUGGAGGAGAGCCUCAACCUCAUCGAAGUAGCGACAGAGGCACCUAAGAAGAAGACAGGCUAUUUUGCUGCUCCAUCCCAGAUGGAGCCGGAAGAUCAAUUUGUGGUGCCACCCGAUCUGGAAGAGGAAGUGAAGGAACAAAUGAAGCAGCACCAGGAGGACAGAGCAGAUCAGGAGCUGAAAGAAGAACAUGCAGCAUCCCUGCCAGAUGAGUUUGACACAGCUUUGUAACCCUAUGAGUACUAUUCCCACAUUAUCUGUCCCAGGAAGCUCUGUUUCAUAAGGGCUGUCAUGCCCUCUGAGGGAGCUGGGAUCUGCAAGGAGUACAGACACCUGCUGCUUCCUUAAUGGAGUUGAGGAAGAAUUAGGAAGGCCAACGUCUGGGCUGUCCACUUAACCACUGUAGCGUCUCAGUUGUCCUAUGAGCACGCAGAUCAGCUGCUGAGCUCUGUGUUAGGGACUAUCUGGUAAGUCCUUGAACCCUGAGGUUCUGCCAGCUCUGCCGGAAAGGGGCUGGUGUAUGUGUAUGUGGGGUGAGGAGGCUGCUGAGAGAGAAAUGCUCAGUGUUUAGAGUCCUGUGAAUAUUUCUGAUGCAGUGUCCCACCCUCCUCCCCAGCACCUGACUUUUUUAUUCCUUGAAAGAAUACAGCCAUGAAUUGCAAUGAAGCUGACCUGAGAAUGGUUUCCUACAUUAAUUGCAAGCACUUUUAUUUAUUGCACUUAAGCUGUUCUUUUCCCCUUCAGCCCAGCACUUUAUUAUUUAGGGUUAGGGGAGAAAGCACUCCACAGCAGGUAUGCUGUGGACUUUUCCCAGUGGAUGGUCUUAGGACAGUGGAGGACUCAGGGUUCUGAUGAGCACUGGUGUAGGGGAGAGGGAAGGUUAUGGUGGGAUCAUUCUGUGCAGGAUGAGAAAAUACAUGGCUGAGUGAUAAGCAGGUGCCAACCAAUGCAUUUUAUAUGGAGCAUAGGAAAGAUCAGCUCAGGACUGGUUGAUUAAGGCAAUGUGUAGAUCUAGUGGUUCUAGCUGCAGAGCACAGACCCACCUCAGCAGCAACCUGGCCACCUUCAUCAUGGAUGCUUCACAGUACAGGCUUCCUCUACAGAAGACAUGGGAUAAAGCCAGGAGCUUGUUCUUGUCUCAGUGUUCAGUCAGAAGAGCCAAGCUGUAAACAGUGGUGUGCUGCUCUAAGACUGGCAGAAGCAUCCAGUGCUCUUUUCCAUCAACAUAAACCUCUGCAUUGUCAGUUACAGUGUCUUUGUUUGCCUCUGGAAGCAGGAGUCGUAUUCCAAAUACACAGCAGCUAGCAUUUCACGUUAUGUGCUCAAUUUGGCCGCAAACAAGGUGAAAGUGUACUUAUUCCUGCUUAGCCUUCAGCACAAAAGCAAAAAUUAAACUUUUCAUCUUAUUAACAUUUUUAUCAGCACUGAAAAAGAUGUUUAAAACAGUACCACUAAUGAUGAACUGGCUAGUCUGCACUCAGAUGCCUUGCGUUUCCAUUAGGAUUUUUGGUGCAGAGUGUAAGCUGGCUGCCCAUGUCAUCAUCUUGUUAUAAGGGUUGUGGAGAUCACUGCCUCUGUAGCAUGCAGAUCUCUCUUCCUUUCUGACAGAGCUGGAUAGCAGCUGUCCCUGUCAUGUCAGUGGUGCAAUAAUCCUGACUGUGAUGUGGGCUACUGCCUUUUCUUCAUUAAUGAUAUUUAUGAAGAAAACUUAAACAUUUCUUCUGAAGGGAUCUGAGGGGCUUGAGUUGUCUAUCUUUGGAUCAAAUUUGGGCCUUGCUCAGAAGGAAAUACUGUGCAGACUAUUUGUGGAAUGCUGUCAAUAUAGAUCUUUUGACAAAAUCUAAUGGAGUUUUACUGAGAUUUCAGAGCACCUUGAAUUUCUUCUCACUAGGAAAAAAGGUGUUUUUAUCAUGCAUGAGGAGCAACAUUUUAGGAUAUACUUUGUGCUAGUUGCAGUGUAAUCAUGAAACAAGACAACUUUUUGCAAAGUUUAAACUCUCACAAUUUAUUGUUUAAAUGCCUGUUUCAUUUGGAACUGGAGGUUGAAGCUAAUUCUUAAAAUCACAGAAACAACAGCAUUUGAAUCCUUUAGGCAGAGGAAAACCAGCAGAAAAGAUUCAAACGCUAAACCCCAAAACUCUUUCAUGUUAUCAUCAUAUAAGUAUGCAGGAAAGGUUCAUCCCAAUGUAUUCAACUGCAACUUUUGAUUCACUGUCACUGAUGAUAGUUUUACCAAAUAUCUGUGCCUAGCCUCACAGUUUCUGAUACCUAAAAGGGCUGUAGAACAGCUUGCAUUCAGUAUGGGACUGAUGCAGAAACCCUUAUUUCUGAGUAUGACUCUGACAAGCCCUGCACUCUGAGUAGCACAUAUGAAUGCAAAUCAGGUCUCUAUUUCUUGCACUGAUGUGGAAAGUCCAGUGUGUCCUUGCCAGUCUCAAUCAUUAGUAUUGCGUGCAGAAUUGCCACAAGGUGUUAGUAAUGAAUGGCUCUACCUAGCUCAGUGUUCAAGGACUAAGGAAAACACAGCUCUGCAAUGGAGCACACAGAUUUCUGAACUGUACCUCUUAGAGGUAGUGACAGAAUGGAACAGAAGGAAUUCCUACUUAGACUUUUUCUCCAGUGCUGUUUCUGGUUUUGAAGCAGAAAGGGAGUUUAAAUGCAGCCAGCUCCUAUUUUCUAUGGGUGUGAAGUGUCAUGGAAGACAUGGCUUGUUAUCUUUCUUACACUCCAGGCAGAAUCCAUAGAUGUCUGUGAAGCUGGUAUUAUGGACUCCAGGCAGCAGAGGCUGAGUUGACUUUACCUGUUCCAAAUAGUCUUUCGCUGUUUGACUAAGACAAGUGCUGGUAUCCUCAAGCAGCUCCUUCAUAUUUUCCAUGUGCUUCUUCCAAGCAUUAAGCUUUUCCAUUUCAGCCACAGCAUUGUGAUGCUUUCUCUCCAGUCAUCCAAAAUCGUUUUCAUGCAUUACAAAUAGUGCCUGUUCAUCACAAAACGUGCUGCUUUUUCCUAGGCCAGUUUUGGGUGUCAGCAAAGACACUGGCAUAAUUUUUUCAUGCAAAUGUCUUGGAUUUUCUAACACAAGAUUCCAACUGCUGAGACACACUUCAAGGUCACUGUCGUCCAAAGAAACGGGGUUUUUUCUGACAUUGGUCAGGCAGUGGUGUGGCUGGGUUAUCUUCAUCUGUCUGGUGAGGACAAUUCACAGAACAGAGUGCUUCCCUCCACUACUUAUUGUUUUCCUUCCUCCCUGUAUGUCUCCCCUACUUUAUUUAUUAACACUACCUUAGAUUUCAAGCUGCCAAGGAACACUGCUGUAGGUGGAACAGGUAUGAAAGGGCAAGUCUACUGAAGGACUCAUAGCAGGGUAUAGAAGGUGUCUUCCCAGUUAUCUUCCUGUUCUCCAGUCCCUUUCCUGAUUUUUGUUUUUGGAGUUUGCAGAGAUACUAUGUGAUCAUCACAUAACCACAUCACUGAGAAUGUCCCACUCAUUUGCAGACUUGCUGUUAGAGAGGGGUUCUCACCUUGAGGUUCUCAGGCUAUUUUGUCCCUGCUGAGAAAUGCAAGCCCUCCCACACUGCAUGCAGCCACAGCCAAGUGAGGCUGAGGAGGUCACUGGUCCAUCUCUUCAGUAAUUCUGGCUCUGCUGAUAAGCAUGCUUGCUGAGACAGGUACUCCGAAGGCACUACUCUGUCCUGUCCUGUCCAAAAAGGCUUCUGUAAAAGGAACCCAUAAAGGCUGUGUUGGGUGGUGGGUAGCGGGGGCCCACAUGUUAAAGGUAAGAGAUAGCCUCCAAGUUGCCCCUAGAACAAGGAACAGGCCCAGUGGAGGCAGCAUCACAGACUGUUCAUACCAGACUGGAUUCGUCAGUUAGACAGGAGGGUAACAUCCUGUUCCAAGGAGUAGGAAGUAUUUCCCUCUUUUGGGGACAAGCUGCUGUGAAAUCUGAAAUCAUUCCUGUAGUACACAGGACCUUCAGCCACACCUAAGGCUUUGGACCUGUGGGGUUUCUGCACUCCUUCCAGAUAGAUGCUGGUGGCUUUUGUGUCACUUGCCAAAGGCCUUUCUUCAGGCAGAUCACCUCUUUGGUCUUGUGCAAUCAUUGUCUGCUGUUCUAUUGCUCUCUAAAGACUUAACUGUAUUUUUCCUCUUUUUUCACAUUUUAAAAUACUACCUUUUUUAAAUAAUUCAUAUGACCUGGUGCAUGUUAAAUAUUGCAGUGUACCAACUGUUUACUAAAUAAUCCUUUUUCAUGCUUUUUUUGUUUUUAAAAAGGAAAGUAUUUUCUGUAUCCCACUCUAGCAUGCACCUAUAAUGAUCCCUGUUUUUAUUGUGUAUGGGAGUAGGUUGUCCAAUGAAUGUGCCCUCAGCACUAUGGCCUAUGUAUUGCUUUGGAAAGGCAAAUAACGUAAGAUUGUUGGAAAACACUAGUCCGUUGAUUCUUUAUUCAGAUGUAUAGAGAGAUUCAGGAAGGAAGAGUAUUUUUGCAUCGAAUUUUCAGCUGACUUAGCAAUAAAGAUUUUUACUUUCAUCUAA